CACAAACGCUCUGUGUCCAAAUACUUAUGCAACUGUCUGCGCGAGCCCCUCGCGAGCCUUUAUUCUCCUGCUCCUCCUCCUCGCGCUGCUGCUGCUGCCCGUUUCCUCUCGCGCUCGUGCGGGGGAAGAUCUCCACAUCUGGAAAAUGUUGAGAGGAGAGAAUCCCUCUCCGGGUCCGGGUGGACGUGGUGCUGACGUCAUUGCCGGGGGGCGGGGUCAGGCUGGCCGGUGUUUCCCGGGUUUAUAAAGCGGAGGAGAUCUCUGCGCGGUGAAGCUGCGCGUCACGAUCAUCCCGGACCAGACCUUUACCGCUGUUCCUCCUCCACCAACUUCUCCAACUUUCCCCUCAUCUACACCCUGCAGAACCUGCAGAACCUGCAGACUGAGGACCUGCGGAGCUCUCCAGAGCUUAUUUUUAUAUAUUUUUAAUAUAUUUUUCUCUGCAAGGGAGCCGAUUUUUCUAUUUUUUCUAUAAGAAGGUUUCAGGAGUUCCACCUGAAGCAGCUGUGGAGAAUGAAAUCAGCAGAGGAAGAUGCAUACAGCUACACACCAAACGUCACCCUAUCGCUUCCUCUGAGCAACCCCUGCCUGCCCACCCAGUACCACAACCUCCAGACCAGCCCUGUUAUUUCUGUCUCCAUCAGUCAGCCGCCGUCCUUCUCUCACCCAGAAGACAUGUCCUCGGUGGGAUUCUUCCCGCCCCCUGGUUCUGGACCCAAUGGCGCUCCAGCUCUCGAAAGCCCACGUAUCGAGAUCACAGCUUACAGCCAGUUCCCUGAGGACGAAGUGGAGGAAAGCAGGGUUCCCGUCGCCAAGCGUGUCAACUCCAUCGUGACCUUAACAUUACCCAGCGGCGAUGGGUACCGCGACCCCAGCUGCCUGAGCCCAGCCAGCAGCAUUUCCUCCCGGAGCUGCCACUCCGACGCCUCCUCGUACGAGUCGGGCUACUCGUGCAAUUACGACAACUCCCCUCAAAACUCUCCCUGGCAGUCGCCUUGCGUUUCACCCAAAGGUUCCUCAUCGCUUCUGUCCAGCGGGAACAUCGGAACGUCCCCCCGCCACUCGCCGUCCGGAUCCCCCCGUACCAGCGUAACUGACGACAACUGGAUGGGCUCUCGCGGCUCACGCCCAAACUCCCCCUGUGGCAGUAAGCGGAAGUACAGCUUCAACAGUGGUGCACCACACAAGUACCAUCCCUACUCACCAAACCAUUCACCAGGUCCUUCACCGCAGACCUCGCCUCGGCUCAGCGUGACCGAAGACUCUUGGUUGCCCAACACCAACCAGUACACCAAUUCCGCCAUUGUGGCAGCCAUUAACGCCCUCACCACAGAUGGACUGGUGGAAAUCGGGGAAGGGAUCCCCCUCAAGACCAGGAAAACUAGUGUGGAGCACAGCGCCAUGGUGAGCCUGAAGAUCGAGCCUGGAGGUGAGGAGAUGGGCUCUGGGGAACUCGGUCAUGAGGAGUACUCUACUUCACGCCUGCCCUUUAAGAAGGAGAGCUACACUGGCUUUCUGGACGUACCUCAGCAUCCAUAUUGGUCCAAACCAAAGACCUAUAUCAGCUCGUCUUUGCCAGCGCUUGACUGGCAGCUGCCCUCCAGUUCUGGUCCAUACAGCCUUCAGAUCGAGGUCCAGCCUAAAUCUCACCAUCGUGCCCAUUACGAGACGGAGGGGAGCCGAGGAGCUGUGAAGGCACCGGCAGGAGGACAUCCUGUGGUCCAGCUGCACGGCUACAUGGAGAGCGAGCCGCUGACUCUGCAGCUGUUUAUCGGCACGGCGGACGAUCGGCUCCUGCGUCCGCAUGCCUUCUACCAGGUUCACCGCAUCACCGGCAAGACUGUGUCCACGCCCAGCCACGAGAUCCUGCAGGCUAACACCAAAGUGCUGGAGAUUCCUCUCCUGCCCGAGAGCAACAUGAGGGCCAUAAUCGACUGCGCCGGGAUCCUGAAGCUGAGGAACUCCGACAUCGAGCUUCGCAAAGGCGAGACGGACAUCGGGCGCAAGAACACUCGCGUCAGGAUGGUGUUCCGCGUCCAUAUUAACCAAUCGAACGGCAGGACAGUGUCCCUGCAGGCGGCGUCCAACCCUAUCGAGUGCUCCCAGCGGUCGGCACAGGAGCUUCCUCUGGUGGACAGGCAGAGCUUGGAGAGCUGUUCUGCUUCGGGAGGAGAGAGGAUGGUCCUCAGCGGCCACAACUUCCAGCCUGACUCCAAAGUGAUGUUUGUGGAGAAAGCUCAAGACGGUCAUCACAUCUGGGAGAUGGAAGCCAAGGUUGACAAGGACUCCUUUAAACCUACUGCCUUGAUUGUGGAGAUUCCACCGUACCGAAACCAAAGAGUAUCCAGCCCAGUUCAGGUCAACUUCUACAUAUGCAACGGGAAGAGGAAGAAGAGCCAGUGCCAGCGAUUCACCUACCUUCCCCCUAAUGUUCCCACCAUAAAGACGGAGCCCCGUGAUGACUAUGACCUUCCUCAUAUGUGCAGCCAGCGGCCACCCACCAGCCUCGCCCUGCCCAUCAAGCCGUACUACACUCAGCACGUCCUUCCUGUGGACCACAGGCCCUGUCUUACGUCCCCAUACGUUGGCGUCCCUCAGAGACUCACGCCGAAGGCUCCGUCCCUCUCCUGCUCCUCUUCCUCCCCGAGCACCAGCCCCAAACUUCAGGAUCUGUCCCCGACACACUUCCCCACCAGUUCCGGACCUGCCGCCGCCGUCCCUCACGUCUCCGCCAUCCAGCCCACGCCCGGUCGCUACCAGCAGCCUGUCCUCUACCCAUCAGGCAGCGCCUCGUCUUCUCCAGGCUCACAUCCCUCCACUCCCAGUUCAGCCCCGGAGUUCGUCUUCACCCCGACCCAGAGUUUGACCCAGUCUCCGGUCUCCGCCGAGACCACAGCGCUCCCCAAAGCUCCGGCGAGGAGCGGGUCUUCUCCACUAUUGCAGGAGGACGGAGGAACAUCCACAUCCGCCAUGCUAACAGUUAGCAUCAAGCAGGAACCGCAGGAACUGGAUCAGAUAUACCUAGAUGACGUCAAUGAAAUCAUCAGGAACGACCUGUCCAGCAUCUCCGUCCACAGCCACGCGUAGCAGCGGACAGGGAAACCAAGACCACAGAAGAAACAGACUUUUGGAUUGUGUUUUAAAACUUUUAUAGCUGAACUUAAAAAAGAAAAAAAAAACAUGAAUCUAUAUACAGUAUAAACCUACUGCAAUAUCACAAAACUAUCUGUACAAAACAAAAUCGAUUUACAGCAAAAUCACACCCGACCGACUGAAUGGAAUAAAUCAGCCCAGAGAGACUACAACACAACAGCAGCAUCCUGCCACAACUACAAUAUGUGUACAAUAUAUGAGUUCAUGGACCAAAAACCCCUGAUCCCUGUAUCUUGUCAUCGUUUUACCUGUCUUCUUCUUCUUCUUCUUUUUCUCCUGCACUCAUGUAGCUCUUUAAAUUAUUACCUGAAGUGCAAUUUUUCUCUUUUUGCCCUGUUUAAAUAUGUAACGCCAAGAAGCCUUAAUCCCAGUGGUCCUUUUAUAUGUGCUAUUUUUUAUUUUUUAAUGUUUGAGCUUUUUUAUAUUUACGUCUGAGUAGUCAUUCCAUUUAUUUUGCUGAUUUUGUUUCUGUUCUUGUCCAGCUUUUGAGGAAACGUUAAACUGGAAUUUUGCGUUGCUUGUAUUCGUUACAGCAAAUCGUAUUUAUUAUCUGUGAGCUGGAAGUGAAUUUGACACCAUUCAGAGUGACGUGUUUUGUUGUUGCAGCAGGUUUUUAAAAAGCUCUUUCUCAGCUUCUUAGCUUCUCAUUUUAUCUUAGAAGUAGCUAAAAGUAUCUAAAAGUAGCUAAAAGUAGUUAAAAGUAGUUAAAAUAUGAAAUCAAAUGGACAGGGUAGCAACUGGCUUGGAUUUUCUUUUAAGUAAUGUCAAAACAUUGUUUUUUCUCUCUGUCUUUAAGCACAGUUUCGAUUCAAGACGCGUCUCAAUGCUCAUUGCUAUCUUACACCCCAUGAACAGUCUAUUUGAAUGCCUUAAAUAACUUAAAAUCUACACUGAUGGGUGUGGUGGUCUGGUUAUGAAAUGAGGUGUGUUCAGGUAAAUUUCUGGAGUUUUGCUUGUUUAUCUUGGCAACAGAAAACACAGGAGCUCCACUGAUCGAUUUAAACCCUGACAACAGUCACUAGUCAGACGUUCAUUGCUAUCUUGGCAACACAGACAUGUUAUGCACUCUAAACACACCUACACACCCACUCGUUUUACAUCAACAAUGCACCGUUAAAAUAGCAACCUGCCAAAGUCAGAGCUCACCCGGCUCUUAAAGGGAAGUGACAAUAUGGUUGGUUAAAAUGUUCAUUUUACUCAAACAUAUAACCUAUAAAUAGCAAAAUCAGAGAAACUGAGUCAGAAACAAAUAUUUUUGGUAGUAUAGUCAAAUUAGGGCAUAUUAGAGCUAACACCAUGACAUAAACUUUAAUAACCUAAAAAAAAUAUGCUCAUUAGAAACAGGAAUAUUGAAUAUGAAUAUUUUUGUAGGUAAAUUUAUGUCAAAUCUUAUGCAGUUUUUAUGAAUGCUACCAUUUAUUAAAACAAAAUCUCAAAGAAUUAAAACUGCCUCGGCUUUAUACAGGACCUGUAGCUUCACAACACGCUCACUUUUUUCACCACACUGUGCCUUAAGUGCAUUAUAUGACCACAUUUCUCUUUCUUUUUUUUUUUUUUUGGUUUUACAUAUAUUUAUAUAUAUAUAUAUAUAUAUAUAUAUAUAUAUAUUUGUUUCUUUUCUGCUCAGAUUUGCAUGUUGUUGACCUUUGCAGAUGUAUAGACGGUGUAUAAUCUUUUAUUUGGUUUGUUUUAUGUAUUUUUUUUUUGUUUUGUUUUUUUGGCCACGUUAAUUUUUGGUUUCCUGACACUCUAACAGAACUGUUAGAUUGAAAGUUGAAAGUUGAAAGUGAAAUCGUUUUCGUAUCGUAUCGUAGGUUAAGAUUAUUAGCUAUUGUAUGCACUUUACUUUGUACUCAUCCUUUCUGAUAUCUUGAACAAAAAAAUGUUAUUAGUCAUGAUUUCGUUUUUAUUUUUAUUUUUUUUCGGAUAAAAAACAAAUUUAUGAAAGCAAUACAUCAAAAGCCUGGGAAAAGCUGGGAUUUGUGUUUUUUUUUAUUAUUGUUUGUUGUAUUUCGCCAACGAUGCAUUAAUAUCCUAUUUACCAAAGAUUUGUUUUUAUGUUUUCACUCAGCUUUAACAGUAGUAAAAUAUAAAAUAUGCACAGCAAGCAUCCACACACCAUUGAUCUUUUAUUUGUAAAUACAUGUGUUUUAUUGAUGGGUGUGUAAAAUGUCCAGAACGUGCACUUGCAGGAAUUUCAGGCCAUCGAUGUCUAAAUAAAGGCAUAUUUUUCUUUUCUGA